AUGAUUAAGAAAGUUACGGCAUUUUUGUCAGUGCCCUCGAGAGGCAUAAAUUUAAAUCCGGCUCUGUGUGUAGCAUGCUUGAAGAGCACGCUCGCGAUUUUGGACAAACUCGAAUUAGACUCUGAACAACCGACGGAGCAGGCCGUUGCGCGCCUCUUUGGUUUCGAAGACGCGUUGCUGGGUGGCCGACUGACGACAUGGCAGCGACUCAAGCCGCGCGUUUGGGCACUUUUCGACGAACCGAAAAGCUCCACGGGCGCCAAGGUAGUAGCCGUGAUAUCAGUGUUCUUCAUAUUUACAUCAGUCUUAUCGUUUUGCCUGAAGACUCAUCCAGGCCUUCGUGUUCCUAUACCUACAAGCAUCAAUGCCAGUGCCAACAACUCACUAAUUACAACAACUAUUGUUCCUGUCACGACACAACCGCCGCCACCCAUAAGGAGUAACAGACAUGGAUCCAGCGGAAGUUCUAGAUAUCGAUAUGAGGAUGACGAUUGGCAAGAAAAUUAUGGGCAACCGCACGAAGCAUUUUUUUACGUGGAAUUAGUUUGUAAUAUUUGGUUUACAUUCGAAUUAGCUGUUAGGACAGUG